AUGGCAUCCGUCUCCCACACGCGCACAUUCGCAACCACCCCGCCUGCCCCACAACUCCAGACACCCCCGGCCAAGGACCAGGAUGACGACGACGACGCCCUUGUCCUGACGCGGGACCAGCUGCGACGGCUGCAUGCCUUUCGCGACGCCCUGCACCGCUGUGCGAGCGCCUCUGAUCGGGACCGCCUCUGCCUCGUGCUACGCGACCAGCUCAUCGAUCACGAGGGCGGCCAUGAGAUCCUCGUCGCCUGCGCCGAGCGCCUCACCGCCAAGGCCUGCGCCGAGUACUUCCAGUGGAGGGUCGACAUGGCCGGACGCCCUCCGAUGCCCCUUGCCGUGACCUUUCGGGAGGAUCACGUGGCCCCGUGGGACCGCUUCUUCGGCCUCGCCUCCAUCGGCUACGCCGCGCGCCUUCGAUGUCUCGACGCCCUGACCGAGGUCGCCCAUCGCUGGGGCUGCCACGUUGUGCUUCACUACGACUUGGUCCUCGGUGGCCCAGAGUACUGCCAUCAUGUUCGCCUCGCCGCUCGUGUCAUUCCCACCUUUGAUAACGCCGUCGUCGCACUCAACAGGUGCACAGAGGCGCGCGUUGCAACCCAGCCGCCGUCGCAUCCGCCGCGCGAUGUUUCAAAUCAUCUCGACGUCGAGGACCUCCAGCGCAUCAUGCAGUGGUGGGAGAACGGCACCUACCCGCGGAAACACCUGCGCGAAGAGGACCUGCCUCCGGGCUACGGCUUUGACGACUUCCACCUCAUGGUUCCGCUGGAGCAUGCUUGGCCGCCCAUCAAGAGCGCCUCCUCGUCGCCUGUGAGCUGGCCGGCGACGAGCCUCAUCACGCCGGUACGCUCCAUACGGGAGAGCGUCAAGACGGCGCCGGCGGCGGCAGCAACCCCUCAGUGGUCGCCCUACCGGUUGGUGCCCAUCCCUCGUGAGCGCACGACACUGGCGCCCCCGAAGACGAAGGUUCCGGCCACCCAGAGCACUGGGUGCUCUGAGAACCCGGCAGGCGAGAUACGCGGUCACCACCCGCCUCCAGCAACACCCGUGGCGGCAGACCCCCGAUGUGUCUGUCCCGAUGACGUCCCAUCCAUGCUUCUCUUGGCCCUCGACAUUCCCACGGCAUUCACACCAGCCUUUGCGACGAAACUGAUUCCCUUGCUUGGCAAGCUCUGCCGGCCGCAUCUGCAACAUUUCGCCGAGCACACCGCUGCGGCAAUGAACAUCCAGCCCCAUAUCACUCCAACCACGGCGAUAGAAACUAACCCAACCAACCCCACCACGCCUGCUGCGUCUGCCGCCCGGCGCAGAUCAUCGCUUGGCAGUGUCGAUGAGCAGAGGCCGAAGAGACAGCGAGUCGACGACCAGAGCCCACAUGGGACCGCGUCACAGGGGCGGGCCUUGCAUGACCGCGACGCCGACGAGGCCUAUCGAAAGCAAGUAUUAAGCGAGCUGCGGCAGACGGUCGAGGACACGAUCUUCCCACGGAGUACGCAUGGCGAGGGAACCAACAGACUGAUUCAGGAACUUCUCGAGAAGGCUGAGCCGCCAAACACGUCCCGCGACAAGGGCGCCAUCGAGAUGCUGUUCUGCAGCGGCGACCAAGCAGAGGCCCUCGUCGACUUUGAGUCACCGCACGGCGCACCCAUCGUCACCGACGGCCAGCAACAGUUCCGCUGGAAGACGAGGGAGCGCCCGAUCGCCCAAUUUCUCCGUCGCAUGGGAAACCUCGACAGGUUCAUCUCGGUCCAGAUCCCUUCGCGCAGCGCCCUCUCGGAGUCGUUCGAGGUCCGCAAGUUGAGCGAGGUCAAGUCUCGCUACCUCGCCGACGAGAGCACCGACGACCCGUGGAAUAUUCUCGACCUGCAGAGCCCCCUGCCGUCGGCGAUCCUGCCGAGUUUUUUGUCGGGCGAGAAUUGCCAGUUGCUCCUCCAAGUCCGCGACACGGUCCUCAUGGAGGAGAGCGCCGAGAGGGUCGUCGCCUCCAGCCGACAGUGGAACGAGUGGCGGAACGUGCUCGAAUGGGUCCUCAUGUCGCAGGGCGGCCACAACACGGCCCCCCACACGGACAGCCACGGCUUCUCGACCUGGAUCACGGCACAGGAGGGUCAAAUCGGCUUCGGCUGGCUCUCCGACCCCACGGACAACGAGCGCGCCGCCUGGAUCGCCAAUCCGGGCUCCUACACCGGCGGCCGCUGGCGCUACACCGUGCUCAAGCCCGGCCAGACCGUCUUCUUCGUCUCAGGUACCAUCCACUUUGUCUUUCGCAUACGCACGCCUCAGACGCUGGCGCUCGGCGGGCACGUCCUGCAGUGGUCCGGUCUUGAGCGGUGGAUGGCCAUCGUCCUGACGCAGAUGCAAAACCCGUCCAUCACCAACGAGGACAUGGGCAUCAGCGCAGCGAAAUAUGUUGGCGUCGUCUCGAGACUCGUGGCGGCCAAGGUGAAUGAGGACAGGUCGAACGGGCUCGAGAUUGAGGACCGCAUCCUGCGUUUUCUGGGCUCUGUCAAGGCAUUUGAAACGGCAUAUGGUCAACUGAGCAAGAAGAAGCGUCGCUCGCCGGCCGGUUCAAAGAAACGGGCUCGAUGA